AUGGAAAAGGUUACUGAGCUCCCUACUACUGCAGGAGCACUGCUUACUGGAAUGCCUAGUGGUUGUACCCCUCAAAACAAGGACAUUUGCUCAAUGGAUUUAUUUCGGCAACUGAUGGCUGCAAAACCUCAGGAGGCCCUACACAUGAUGAUCCAACAGCAGGCUGCAGAAAAAGAAUCUGCAGAAAGGCUGGCAGAAAGAGAAUCUGCGAAAAGGGAGGCACCAAGGAGACAUGAUCUGGAAAUUGCCAAACUGCAGUUUACCCUUCAGUCUUCACUGAACAGCAAUGCAUCAGAUUCCAAUACAUGUAGGCUCCGCAAGGAUGAUUUUCCCUUUGAUUUGGAUGUAUUCCUAAAAAAUUUUUAA